ACCUUUCGCGCGUAAACCUCAUCCCCUACUUCAUUGUCCGCUUCCUGGAGCCAUUUUUCGUUCUAGCGAGAGGGAGUUUGCAUCGUAUUUUAAUCGCUUACAUCGGAUGUCAUCGGCUUUAGCAAUUACACUCAUAUUACAGCAAUGCAGUCCUAACACUGUGUGCUUUCACCAUUUAUGAUUAUUUUACAUCAUCUCGCUCGGAUUUGAUAGAAAACGAGCCUCAAAGCAAAAGAGGGACAAAGGGACCCUGCGCCUCUGAGGAUCAUGAGAAAGGGGGGUUCCUCGGUCCCAGGACAAGUAAUGUUAACAGGGCUUGUUAGGGGUGAUCAGCACGUUGUUUUUAGCGCGGUUUCCGAUCGACGGUGUGCAUCUUAUUCCAAUGCAGCCCGUUUACAAAUAAACACACCUCCGUCCACUAAUAAUGUCCGUAUGUCCGAGGCUUCUACUGACAGUUUGUACAGCACUCCUCUACAAGGAGCGACACCUGGGACAGGACUGCGACCCACACUAGGACGACCACCGGCUAAAAGGAGGCUGGAGCUGGACAUCACAGACCACCAAUACAGUGAGCCAGCUAAAUCCCUUCGGAGUGGCAGAGGCGCUUUUAAACUGAAGGUCCCCAAAGCUCCCAAAACCCCACCGGAGAAGACCCGGUAUGACACAUCCCUGGGAUUCCUGACUAAAAAGUUCUGUCAGCUCCUGGCGGAGUCCACCGAUGGAGUGCUGGAUCUCAAUAAAGCCGCCAUUAUGCUCAACGUCCAGAAGAGGCGUCUGUAUGACAUCACCAACGUGCUGGAGGGUGUGUGCCUCAUCAAGAAGAAGUCAAAGAACAACAUACAAUGGCUGGGCUCCAGUCUGCCGUCAGAGGGUGGGCUUCCAUCUCCAGCCAUGCCGAGUCACAGUCUGGCCAGAGAGAUGCUGGCGCUCACUCAGGAGGAGAGACGUCUGGAUGAGCUCAUUCAGACCUGCACACGUAACGUCCAGCACAUGACUGAGGAGAUCCACAGUCAAAAAUAUGCCUACGUGACCUAUCAGGACAUCCAAAGAAUAAAGAGCCUAAAAGACCAAACUGUCAUAGCGGUUAAAGCACCAUCUGAAACGAAGUUGGAGGUGCCUGACCCAAAGGAGAGUUUGGAGGUCCACCUGAGUAGCUCCAAGGGUCCCAUUGACGUUUUCCUCUGUACGGAUGGAGGUGACUCCGGCCUUGAUGUGAAUGGAAAUCACCCUGCGUUUCUCAAAGUCUCCCAAGAAGCCGCUACAGAUGGAAUGGCUGAUGGUGUGAAGACGAACGGCAGUGUCAAUGGUUAUGGGCCCCUGACUGGAAGUGCCCCCAUGUCACCCCUCAGUUCUUCCUUGUCCUCCAUUCUCCAACAGCCGGAAGAGUCCAUCCCCUUCGUGUCGCUGUCUCCUGCUCUUCUCAGCGAUGAAUACAUGCUGGGCUUGGGUGAUGAGCAGGGUAUAAGUGAUCUGUUUGACUCCUGCGAUCUGGACACGCUAGCGCUGGAUGACCUGCUCAGAAUAUGAGCAAAGCCAUCUGGACCUGUUUUCAAACUAGUUGACGGUGCUUUUAAGUUCCUGAAUGAAAUCUGGAUUGGUGAGGAUGAACUACAGACUGAAUUUCAUGAAUUCUUGUUGAAUUUGACAUUGACCGUUUACACUUGGAUCAUGGGAUCCAAGGUUUCUGUUGUCUGAUUCUGUACAGAUGGGUUUCUGUACCCUAAUGUUGUUUUAAAGUUAUUUUUAGUGUGGUGAAUUGCAUGAGCUGUGAUUUUCUCUAUGAACUUUGGUUUUCCUGAUGGUCACCUCUACAAAUAACACCCAAAGGUCACAAGUUCUUUAAAAUAUCAAGAGUAUUUCUCAACUCUCAAUGUUAAUGUUUUUGUCCUUUUGAGAUAAUCUAGUGGCUUGCUUUCAUGAGCGAGAGAAAAAAAAAAGGAAACCUCUCCAGUUUCCACAUGAUCUAAAUAUCAGAGAUCAGCUUGGAGUUCAUUUAUUGAAUGAUCCAAAGUGCAUUUGGUGCUCUGUUAUUAUGCUUUUUGCCGGUGUUCAGUAUUUCAGGGCACUGAUCAAGGAGCGAGUGCUUUGUGUGGUGAUUUUAGUGAUCUCUGGGUAAAAUCAGAUUGGAGCUACAGUGUCUUGUCCCUUGUUACCAAAUGAGUUGUGCAAAGAAAUUAGGAAAAGACUUGUUCAUCCAUUUCGAUGUGAUUCAAAUAACAAUGUAAUGAAGUACUACAGGUUUGGCCAAAUUUUUUUUCUUUUUUUUCUUUUUUUCACAAACUGAAGUGUGAAUGACCCUCAUCUACUCCCCUUUUAAUGUUGAAUGUAUUUCAGUAUCUGAAUUGCACUGAAGAUUGAAGCCAUCAUGGACAUAUGACAUGAAACAUUGUGUCCCACAGAAAUUGUUUUUAAUUUUCCGGAUAAGCCUCAUUACAUUCUUUUAAACAGGUCACGGUUCUAAUAUAUAUUUUUGUCUUUAUUCCUCCAAUCCUGCAAAUUAAUCUAAGCCGAUUUGUUACUUGAGUUGUAUUUUCUGUAACCUUUUUAGGAAAGUUAAAUUUUUUAAUGCUUCAAAUGUUAAAUAACUUAAUGCAGUUUUUGCUGUGGUUCAAGUAAAUUAUGGUCCAUCAUUCUGAAUUGGUGCUACUGCUCACUAGUUCUCUUGAUUCUGCAUUGGAAUGAAGGUGUUGGUCGUGUAUGCAUAGAUAAAUGUUAUGAUUGAUCACCAGUAUGUAUUCUAUUCUACGGUGUGGGUUGAUUUUACUCCAAGAAGUAGAACUUGAUCUUAUUAUUUUGUGUGUGUGUGCCAACGUGUGUGGAAAUGUGAAGUUUUAUAUGUGGAUUAUAAACUGCACAUUAACUGUUUGCAAAUAGAUUUUAAUAAAAUUAUGAAUUUCUGCA